AUGUGCAAGACAAUUCAAAUGCAUGGAUUCCCAGAUACAGUGUCAGCUGAAGAGGUGAGGAAAUUUUUGGAACAAUAUACAGGCCCUCAAACUGUUCAUGUUGUAGAGGUUAAGCAGCACAAAGAAAAAGAUUCUACCACACAUGUUAAUGUUCAAUUCACAGACAAAAAAAGCGUUGAAACAAUUUUGCACUUACUUACUCAGCACCUAUCAUACGGUGACAGUGUUCUCAAUGCUACAGAAAUAAAACAGGACAUUUUGCCAAAGCCAAGGAACUUUCCUCACAGCAUGGAUGACAUAGCAGUGUACUUUGGAUGUCAAACAUCCAAGGACAAACUUAGUGUACUCUGGGAGCAUCCAAGUGCUUCAGUCAAAUUCGGGUCCAGACUGAGAAAGAUGUAUAUAUUUUUCCAUUAUUUGUCUGUGGAUUAUAAGCUGCAGAUUUCUUCUGAGAGUAUAUCACGUAUUGAGCUGCAUCAUUCAGAUGAUUUGACCAAAAAGCUUCUCCUUUUCCAGUUACGCAAUGCUCCCCUGAUCUAUGAGAAGGAUGUUUCCAAAAGCAAAUAUUUAAAGGAGGCUUGUGACAACCAUUGGUUUCGAGGAGUAGAUUUCACCCCAUCAUGUAGCAUUGGACAAUCUUCUGUUUUAUCUUUUGAGCUUCCAAAUAGUUUGGAAGUUCCAAAGUUCAAUCAGCACUAUCGUAAUUAUAAUGAAGUUGAUGACAGUGUCUUUACUCUUGAGAGACACCUUGGUUUCUCUUCUAAAUUCAAUUUUGUCCCCAUAGUGAACCCUCCAGAAGGCAUCAACUUGCCAUACAAAGUUUUGUUCAAAAUCAACUCAUUAAUUCAGCAUGGAUGUCUUCCUGUGCUAGCAGUUGACGUCGAUCUUUUUCAACUAGUUGACCCUGGAAGAGUGAAGCUUGAAUAUAUAGAAAGUGCCCUGCAUAAAUUAGAUCAAAUAAAAGUAUGCUGCUAUGAACCUGCACAAUGGUUGGAGAAACAAUAUAAGAAAUACUCAGAAAAUAAUCUACUUCCAGUAUCUAGUGCUAUUUCAUUGGAUGAUGGUUUGGUCUAUGUGCAUAGAGUAAAAGUAACUCCAUCCAAAAUAUACUUCUGUGGUCCUGAAGUGAACCUUUCUAAUCGUGUCUUGCGCAAGUAUCCUGAUGACACUGAUAACUUUCUACGUGUUUCUUUCGUUGAUGAAGACAUGGACAAACUUCAUUCAGCAGCUUUAGUGCCACGUUCAUCUUCUGUAGACAUGGACACAGAAACAAAGCUCCAUGAGAGGGUACUGUCAACACUUAAAAAUGGUAUAGAAAUUGGUGAUAAGAAGUUUGAGUUUCUUGCCUUCUCACCAAGUCAAUUGCGGGAUAACUCUGUGUGGAUGGUUGCACCAAGAACUGGACUUGCUGCAUCUGAUAUAAGAAAAUGGAUGGGAGAGUUUCAUGAUAUUAAAAAUGUGGCCAAAUAUGCAGCAAGGCUGGGUCAAUCAUUCGGAUCUUCCAGGGAAACAGUGAGUGUUGGCAGACAUGAAAUUAAAAUUAUUCCUGAUAUAGAAUUAAGAAGAGGUGAAACCAAAUACUGUUUCUCUGAUGGAAUUGGGAAGAUAUCUUAUGAAUUGGCUCAAGAAGUGGCUAAGAAAUGUGGUUGUAGGGAUCAUACUCCAUCUGCAUUUCAAAUCAGAUAUGGGGGGUACAAAGGUGUUGUUGCUGUUGAUCCUACCUCAUCAACUAAGCUGUCCUUAAGAAAGAGCAUGUGCAAGUACAAGUCAGAAUACGCAAAAUUAGAUGUUUUGGCAUGGAGCAAAUACAAACCAUGUUACCUUAAUCGUCAGAUAAUCACCCUCUUGUCCACGCUUGGUGUUAAGGAUGGAGUCUUCAGAAAGAAACAACGAGAGGUCCUUAAUCAACUAAAAAUGAUAUCAAGAAAGCCGUUGAUGAUAUUAGAUUAUAUGUCCACAGGAGAGAUUGCAAACAUUUUAAAGGAAAUGCUUAUUUGUGGCUUUCAUCCAACUAAGGAACCAUUUCUUUCCAUGAUGUUGCAAACAUUAUAUGCAUCAAAGUUACAGGAAUUGCAGCUCAAAACUAGGAUACUUGUUAGGAAAGGAAGAGCAUUGUUGGGAUGCUUAGAUGAAACUAGGACACUAAAAUAUGGAGAGGUAUUUGUGCAGAUAGCUCACCAAAGAAAUAAGCAAUUUCUUGCUAUGUCCUCUGUUUCUUCGAACAGAUAUGGAUUAAACAAAAGCAAACAUAUUGUUAAGGGAAAGGUAGUUGUAGCCAAAAAUCCCUGUCUGCACCCGGGAGAUGUGCGAGUUUUAAGAGCAGUGGAUGUACCUUCUCUGCAUCAUAUGGUGGACUGUGUUGUUUUUCCACAGAAAGGGAGAAGACCACAUCCCAAUGAAUGUUCUGGAAGUGACUUGGAUGGAGAUAUCUACUUUGUCAGUUGGGACCCUGAUCUUAUUCCUCCUCGUCAGGAAAAUCCCAUGGAUCAUGCACCAUCUCCAGUUGUGAAUCUGGAUCAUGAUGUUACAUUACAGGAAGUUCAGGAGUAUUUUGCUCAGUACAUGGUUAAAGACAGGUUGGGAAUUGUUGCAAGUGCACACAUGGUGUUUGCUGAUAAAGAUCCUCAAAAGGCUAUGAGCCCUGCAUGUAUUGAGCUUGCAAAGCUACAUUCAGUUGCUGUUGAUUUUGCGAAGUCUGGUGUGGCAGCAGAAAUUCCACAACAUCUACGCGUGGAAGAGUAUCCAGAUUUCAUGGAAAAGCCAGACAAACCAAGUUACCAAUCAAAUACCAUAAUAGGAAAGCUUUAUCGUGAGGUGAAGAAUGUUGCACAACACAAGAGUCUCACCAAACCCUUCACUAGAAGAGUGGCAAGGCAAUCAUAUGACCGUGACAUGGAGAUUGAUGGCUUUGAGAAUUAUACAGAUAGUGCUAGUGAAUACAAGAACAUGUAUGACUUCAAGUUGGGGAACCUAAUGGAUUACUAUGGUAUUGAGACAGAAGCAGAAAUAAUCAGUGGCAAUGUCUUGAAAAUGUCAAAAUCCUUCAAUGAAAGAAAGGACUUGGAAGGAAUUAACAAUGCUGUGAUGUCUCUAAGAAAGGAAGCUAGAAGCUGGUUCAAUGCGAUGAUAAAAAACAAGUCAAAUUCUGAAGCUGAUGAUGAUGCUUAUGCAAUAGCAUCAGCUUGGUACCAUGUUACAUAUCAUCCAAGGUAUUGGGGAACCUACAAUCAAGGGCUUAACAGGGAUCAUUUCCUCAGCUUCCCAUGGUGUGUGCAUGACACUCUCAUCCAGAUAAAGAAAGACAAAGUCAGACAUAGAACUUUUACAAUGAAGCUUUGGACCAUACUGAAACUGAUUCCCCUGUUACUGUUUUUCUUCCUAUCGUGGAUAAUAGUACAAUAUGUAAAUAGUUGA